UGAAGAAAUUCAGAAAAUGGUGGACGGCGAUGUCGGCGCAUGCGCAGAUCGUUUACUACGCCGAGACAGAAAGUGAGACAUUAAGCGUGCUCAGCAGUGGCGCAUUGUUUAAUGAGUAACGGCGUUCAAUUCGAUUGAUUGAGCUUUAUCAAGAUGUUUGGUUUCCAUAAGCCAAAGAUGUACCGCAGUCUGAAUGGGUGCUGCAUCUGCAGGGCGAAAUCCUCCAGCUCUCGCUUCACAGACAGCAAACGCUACGAGAGAGACUUCCAGAGCUGCUUUGGCCUCUGCGAAACACGCUCGGGAGAAAUUUGUAAUGCUUGUGUGUUGCUGGUGAAACGCUGGAAGAAGCUCCCGGUCGGAUCCAAAAAGAACUGGAAUCAUGUGGUGGACGCGCGAGGUGGACCCAGCCUGAAGAUGACUGUGAAAUCUAAGAAGGUGAAGCCUCUUUCUAGAAGAAUCAGGCCAAGUCAGAUCCGCAGAGUGCAGAAUGAACUGAAAAGAAACAACUCUGAUGCUCACAGCACCACCUCCAGUGCUAGCCCCGCCCAGUCUCCCAGCUAUAGUAACCAAUCAGACGAAGGCUCUGACUCGGAACUGGCUCCUGGUUCCACCCGCGCACCGGUUUUCUCCUUCUUGGACCUUACCUACUGGAGAAGGCAGCGGGUGUGCUGUGGCAUCAUCUACAAGGGCCGUUUUGGAGAAGUGCUCAUCGACCCCCAUCUCUACAAACCCUGCUGCCAGAAGAAACAGGAGCAGGGCCGUGAGGAAGAGGAGGACGAGCAAGAGGAAGAAGACACAGAGCUGGAGAAAGAGGAAGCACCAGCAAGUCAAAGCAUGCCUGCGUCCCCACUCGCACCAGCUGACUCCUCACCUAUGCCUCACAAAACAGAGGCAGAAGAGGAAGAGGAGUGGUGACUCUCAUUCCUGGUGAACUCAUUGGGCAUUUUUAAGGCUAUGUAGUAAAAAAAGUUCUCGAUUUUCUACAAUUCAAGAGCAGCUGGAACUUUCUCUCUGAAGUAGGGUGAACAAGCGUACUGUGUGUUUGCACAAUCGUGUCCUUAUUGUUCAACAUUCACAUAUUUUCUUAUGUCUCCACAUAAGCUUUAGUGCAUGGAUUACUUUUUUUCCCCCCAUGCUUAUCUUAGUGUGUGUGGCAUAUAUGAGCUCCAGGGCAGUAUAAAGUGGUAGAGUUUUAGUCAUUGGAGGAAAUUGGUUUUUUUUUUUUUUUUUUAAUUACUGGCUUUAUCACAGACAAGACUGAACUGUGAUGCAGCGACACCGUUGACAUUCUAACAGGAUCCUUUUCCUAUUCAUCUUUUGUGUCUUUUCAUUACAACUCAUGCUGCAUUCCACUCAAGGUCAGGACCUCGGGAUGUUUCUCCUCAACUCUGAGUUCAGGGAGUGACUCACAGCAUGAGCAGUAAACACAGCAGCACUUCUUACCUUUAAACGUGUUCCACUGUAUAUACACGAGUACUAGCUUUAGAUUCAUCAAUAACCAGAAAUGUUCUAUGACACUGACUCUACACUUUACUGUACUGAAGUCAAACUUCCAGCAGAAACUCUCCCUCUGUCUCGCCCGUGUCUCUCUUCAUCUCUCUCUGUCUUUGACUCUCUUCCUGUUUCUCUUUUCUUGCUUUGUCUCCCUCUGUCUCUCUCUGUUUCUCUUUCUCCCUAUGUCUCUCUUUCUCUUUCUGUCACUACCCAUCUUUCAUUCUUUCUGCCUAUCCCCUCUCUGUCUCUCUCACGCUGUCCCCCCCCCCCCCCCCGUCUCUCUCUGUCUCUUCCCGUUUCGGUCUCUCUUUUUUAUUUCCUCUCUCUCUCUCUCUCUCUCUCUCUCUCUCUCUCUCUCUCUCUCUCUCUCUCUCUCAGACAGUUGUCCAUCUCUCUGUAUGUAAAUAUAUCUCCACUAUUUUUAGCAAUAUUCCCGUCGUCAUGCAUGAAAGCUAAGCAAAGCCGUUUGUCCUGAAGGCGAAUCCGCAUGAAUCUUUUGCACGGCCUUUUCAAGACUUUUCCUUUGUUCCUUUAUCUAAUGAUUUGUUUUAGCCAGGUUUUGAUACAACUCUAAUAAAUAAAUAAGUAUAUAUAAGUAUAUAUUUUUGUAGGUUAAAAAAAAAAAAAAAAAAGAAGAAAAUCACUGCAAUGGCAAUGUUGUGUUCUAAGAUAUCAAUGUUUUUUUCGAUGUUGAACAUGACAACAGUUUUGCCAAAAAAAAGUUAUGGUUCAGAAUUUGAUAGAAAAUCAAGUCUUAUUUAUUUACUUCACUGACACACAAUUUCACCAACAGUACCUCCUGUCUUCAGUCUGCUUUUGUAAAUAUUGUACUAAAAAACAGUUAUACAUUUACUUUAAUGUUUUUUAAGAACUGAAUCUUUUUUGUGUGUUUGUCAGAUCUUUUUUGUUCUCUUAGUUAGUUUAAUCGAGAACAUUGUUUUUAUUGUAUUUAUCUUUAGCGCUUUUCACACAUGAAAUAUUCCCUCUGGGUGUCCAAACUCAGCGUAAACAGAAUCCUGGGUUAUGUUGUUUGACCUUUCACACAGCUCACACUUUACCUGGGAUUAACAGUGGACUAUGGCUCCUCAUAAUCAGACGUUUCACACUGUACAUUCUUCUUCUGAUUUGCAUGUUUGUGUAUUCAUGACCCUGAUUGGAUAAAUAACGGCUCGUCUCACGCUUUCACUUCAGCGAGGAAUAAAAAAAUUAUGUUGUGUGUUUUCCAGGCGUUCGUUGAUCUCCAUCGUUCUAUAAUUUUUUUACUCUGUUCCUUAAACACAUUAUUAUUAUUAUUAUUAUUAUUAUUUCUGAUCUAUUCUCCAAUCCACUUUGUCCUGAACAAACAUUUCCGACAUAAUUGUAAAAAUACAACUGUCCCCUUCCUUUUUUCAUUCCAAUUGACAGGAAUGUGGCGUUAAUGCUGCAGUAGCAUUACAGCAGUUUUGGAAAAUCUUGGAUUAAAUGCAGCAUAAAUCCUGUUUCUAUGUUCCAAGUGUGAAAUGUUCCUCUACCCAGGAUUAAAGCAGGGUUUCGAGCGACCAGAUCCAGUUAAACUCAGUGUGAAAAGCUCUAAAUUGUAUCAAAAAUGCUGAAAAGUUAUUUUACUCUUUAACAACGUAGCCUUGACAUUUCUUCUGCAUUGAAUUGUAAUCCUGUUUUAUUUCUUUUUAUUAUUUUUUCCCCCCCUCAUGUAUUGGACAAGAAAUGACUUGUUCCUGAUUCCUUUUCCCAAGACGGAAUUAAACAGCAGCAUAAGCAAUAAACUAUAAAAUAUAUCUCAGAUAUGAGGGAAUAUCCCCCCCCCCCCUUAUUUUUAAAGAAACCAAUUUUCUAUUCUUAUAAAAUGAAAAAACACUCCAUUCGACUUGUGCGUUUUUUCUUUCCAUUCUUGUGUAAGCGAGUGGAUCAGUGUUGGCAGCUGUGUGAUAUUUUUAUUUUUUUUUGUUAUAUAAUGACAUGAACUGUACAUUUAUCUCUGCAGGGUUUCCUGUUUCCAUCAUCGUAUAUUCUCUCCUUUCUUCGCUCUCGACUCGUCUCCGUCACUCUUUAGCACUCGGUUUUCUGUAAAUAAUUGAAGAUAUUUUGAACUGAAUGGUUAUAAUAUUCGUUCUGUUAUUUAUUUCAUAUUUAUUUGCAACACCUCACCUUUUUAAAUGGCUUUGAAUAUUAAAGGAAAACGCAUCCUAUCACAACCCAUGAUUUCACACAGGUUUUAGACUUUAAGCACAUUGUGACAGCUCUAUUUAAUCUUUCUUUUUUUUUUUUUUAAUUCGGGUCAAAUUAUGUCCAGUACCUGCCUGUUUCUUUGCUUCAGUUUCUUCUCAGUUGUUUAUACUCUACAGGCAUGUAUUGUAGCUAUGCACUUUGUAUGAACCUUAUAAGAAAAAAAAAUAUGAAGCAGGUUUUGUAUUUUUUACAUACUCUACUUUUUACUUGUAUCUCAAUAAAUGUAGCUUGUGAAGUUA